AUGGCAAUAAAUUUAUUUUAAUCAUCUACUAAUAACCCUUUCAACCCAUUUGCUAAUAACAAUGCUUCGUAUUCCCAACAAAAUAAGUAUCUAUACAAAUUCCAUUUUAGUUUCCGCCCUUAAGUUCCAGGCUCUUACAGAGGAGUAUUUUAAUCUUAGAGAAUUACAUAUGGACCUACAGAUGGAGAUGAUCUCUAUACAACUAACAUUUUUAUGUAAAGAGAAUACAAAGGAACUGUAUAUAUUUCAUAUUUACAAAGAGUGCUUUAUAAAUUAGAUUAGAAGACUAUUAUCUUAUUAGAUCCCAAUAAAUUUAAGACAAUCAUAAAUAACAAAUUGAAAUAGCAGUGAGAAAAAACCUUUUUAAUCCUAAACUUAUACGAUCUAAUAACUAAUAAAGUAUUUAUUACUUAUUACUCUAGAUCUAAAACCGCCUUUAUUUCAAGAUUCAUCUGAUUGUUUCAACAGAUCAAAUAAUCUAUUCAAUCAAUCCAAUGAUCUUUUUAAACAAUCGAAUAACAAUCAGAAUGUCUUCAAUAAUCCUUCGAAUUUAAAUAGAAACAACAUCUUUCCCAAUAAUUCAAAUGAUUUAUUCUAUAAAAAUAAUAAUGCUCCAAAUUUAUUCAAUACUCCUUCCAAUAACAUAUUUAAUUAGAAUAACAAUUCAUCAACUAACAUAUUUUAAUAAUAAUCAUCUAAUAAUACAAAUAACAUUUUUUAAUAAACCAAUAAUAAUAGUAAACCUUUUAAUUAAACAAAUAAUAAUAAUAAUAAUAAUAUAUUUAGUUAAUCUACUAAUAUCUUUAGUUAAUAAUCGAAUAAUAAUAAUAAUAAUAAUAAUAAUAAUAUUUUCAAUAGUUAAAAUCUCUUUUCCAAUAAUAAUCUCUCCAGUUCAAAUAAUUUAUUUAAUCAACCCAUAUAACCCAUCUUUAAUCAACCCAUUUUUUAUUAAUAUCCAAUGAAUAAUAAUAUUCCUUAACCUAUGUUUUAAUCAAAUCUUUUAGGUACACUUGAUUAUUUAAAAUUACAUGAAAAAUAAUUUACUGAUUUUACGAAAUAGGUUGAUAGUCAAAUUGUUAUUAUGGAAUAAUAAAAAUAAUAAAGUUUUGUUGAAUAUGAUUCUAUGCUUAAAGACUGUGUCAAAAUGAAUUUUGAUUAUAGAUUAGAAAAUGAAUAUACCAAAACUAUGAAAUCAAGUAAAAUCUAUAAACAAUAAUCUCUAAAAUCUAGUACUUUCACCAAUAAAACUAUUAGUAAUCGUUAAGAUAAAAAAUCUACUUCCCCAUAUUAAACACAUAAUUUAAAUACUGAAACUAGAAAUAUAUUUCAAAGAGAAGAUAGAAAACCUAUUUCUAAAUUUCCAGAUAAUUUUCAAAAUACUGAUUCUAAAAGUGAUAUCAAAAGUUUUAUUUAAAAAGAAGAUAGAAAAUCAUAAAUAAUGUUUUAAUUAGAUAUUGAAAUUAAAUUUUUAGAAAGUGAAAAAUCUUUAUUUAUUUAUUAAGAAUUUCAAUAAAAAUCUAGAAUCUAUAAUGUUAAAUAAUAUGUAGAAGAUCAUUUGUAAAAUAUUGAAGUUUUUGGUUCAUUAUAAGAACAAUAUUUUAAUAAUUGUUUAAUUUAUCAAGAUAUUGAAGAACUAAACUCGAUUGUUGAUCAUUCAAUAGCAAUUGCUAAACUUAGAUAACCAAUCAAUAAAUUAAUUUUUCAUUAUUUUUAUUUGAAACUACCAAAAUUAUUGAAGGAAGGAUAUAAAUCAAAUUUAUCUUAAUAUUCCAAUUUCACUUCAAUUGAAAACUUUAGAGUUUCCAAUAAAUUUGGAAAAAUUGUUUGGACUAAACCAAUUAAUUUAUAUUAUGUUGAUUUAGAUAAAAUAAUAGAUAUCAAAAAAGAAUCUAUUGAAGUUUAUGAUAGUUAAAAAAUACAUGAACUAUUGAAACCAGAAGAGGGAAAAAAACUAAAUAGUGAAAGUUUAAUAACAUUAAAAUUUGAAUUAAACAUUCCUUAAUUAAAUUAAGCUAAAUUCUAAAGCAAUUUAAAAAAAUAAGCUAUAAAAUAGGGCUUAGAAUUUAUAUCUAUAGAUUUUUAAAAUUGUGAAUAUACUGUAAAAGCUUAUCAUUUUAGUGGUUAUCAUUUUAAUUCUGAUUAUUCAAAUACAGAUAACUAUAAUUAUUAAGAUUAACAAGAGUAAGUGGAAAUACAAUCUAAUAAUGAUGAAAAUCAAUCUGUAUUUGAAGAAAAUGAUUCUUUGUCAUUAGAAAAUCAAAGCGAAUUUACUUUAUAAUUGAAAUAAAAAUUUGAUAUUAGUUUUUAGAAUUUAAAAAAUUUAGAAUAAUCAAUAAAUUAUGAAUAAUCAAAUUAAACUAUCAAUAAGAUUAAUUAAAGACUUAGUUAAAAAAUUGUGAUACCUCUCAACUUUGUUUAAAAUAAUUAACAUUUAACAAUUGAUGUUUAAUUGUUAUAGAACUAUUUCAGUAAUUGCCUAAAAUCAAAUCAAAAGUAUAAUAGUUAAACAAUAUCUAUAUAAUUACUUGAUAGUGUAUAUUAAUGUAAAAGUCCAACUGAAGAAAUAAUAAGAUCUUUCGAAUUAUUCAACAUUUUAUUUGGUAAUCCAACAAUAGACAUAGUUCAAUUCCUAUAAUUUUAAUCAAAUCAUAUUGUAACUUAUUAAGAUGUUACUAAAUCUCCAAAAAUCAAAAACAUAAGAGGUUAACGUCUAAGUUCAUUUUUGGAAUAAUUUAAAAUUUAUUUUAACCAAAUAGAAUUUAGAGAAUAAUUAAUUUCUUAAUAGUAAUAACAACAAAAAUAAAAUUCUCUUUAAAAUGUUUUUAUAAGUUUAAACUAAAAACCUAUAUCUCAUAAUAAAAUUAAAUUAAAUCAAAGUGAUUGGAUUGAUAGAUUUGUAGAUUGGAGAAUAAAUAAAAGUUAACCAUAACCUUUGUAUGAAAUAGAAUGGUUAAAUGAAUUAUACAAUCAAUAAAAAAAUAACUUAAUAGCCUCAUCAUAAUUUGCAGCAUUAAUAUACUAUUUGCUUAAAAAGACAAAACAGCCCUCUUAAGAAUAUAAAAAACUUUAUGAAUAUAUACAUAAUAAUCUUGAUACUUAUACAAUUAUUUUGUUAAAUAUCAUUUUAAGUAAAUAAAAAAUUGUUUCAGAAUCAUUAAAAAUAAUAGGUAGAGCAAUUAUUACAAAAUUAUUGAAAUCUUAAGUACCUAAAUAAUUGAUAUUAAAUAUCUUAGAAACAUUUAAGGGUAAAGUAUUUUAGUAAGAAGAAUUUUAUAGAGUGAAAUCAUUGUUAGGAAAAAUAGGAUUCUUCAAUAUUCUUAAUGAGAAAGAUAUUACUGAUAUUGAUGCAUAUAUUGAUAAGAAAUAGCUAAUUUAAGCUGCAAGGAUUAUAAUUGAUAAAAAGUUAGAAAAGAAAUACAAUUAAAUAUUAAAUGAAACGAUAUUACCUUACUUGAUUAUUUGCGAUUAUUAUAAUGAAGAUUAAUUAUUAGAAAUGAUAAAAGAUAUAAUAGAUUUGAAUAAAGGCAAUGGGAUUGUAGUUAAAAUAUGCUAGGUAUUAAUUUGUUAUUAUGAUUUAGAUGUAUUUAAGAGAAAUAGAAAUAGAUGAGAAAUUAAUUAAUGAUUGGAUAACUAAAAAUGAAUAUCAAUAUCAUUUGAAAUAGAUUAUGUUAAAAGUUUGUUUAGAUUAAUUUUGA